UGGAGUGAAAUUGUCAUGCACACAUAUCGUGCCUCAAACAAUAAGGGUGAUGCUCCGUGCAGGCGUCUGGACGGGACUCAAAGCGCUCAGAUCCCGGAGGACAAGGGUUUAAACCCUCCGCCUUCUCCCCUCGAUUAACCUCCUAAAGGGGGAUUUCUCCAGCUGGAAAUUUCUGCUGCGUCAACACCCAACCCUAGAAUACCAGACAAGACGGGGGGGAUUUUGUUUGCAGAUGGUGCUCGCGGGUAAUUUUUGUGAAUGAUGAGCAGACAUUUGGAGGAGAGGUUUUGUUCAGCUACACAGAUGAACAACAGGAAGGAGGACAUGGAGAUCUCAUCUCACUACCGUCAGCUCCUCAGAGAGCUCAAUGAACAGAGGCAGCACGGCAUCCUCUGCGACGCCUGUGUCAUUGUGGAUGGAAAGAUCUUCAAGGCCCAUAAGAACGUCCUCCUGGGCUCCUCACGCUACUUCAAGACUCUUUACUGCCAGGUUAAAAAAGGGGCAGAACCUCACCACCAGACCACUGUCACUCACCUGGACAUCGUCACGGCGACAGGCUUCAAAGCCAUCCUGGACUUCAUGUACUCUGCACACCUUGCUCUCACCAGUAAGAACGUGAUUGAGGUCAUGUCAGCUGCCAGCUACCUGCAGAUGACAGACAUUGUCCAGGCCUGCCACAGCUUCAUCAAGGCUGCGCUGGACAUCAGCAUCCGCUCUGAAAUGGCUGAUGAGCUGGCUGACUUUGAAAUGGGAGCUGUUGCGGCUGCUGGCAUUGGUGGUGGAGGUGGAGGAGGAGUUGCUCUAGCGGGAGCAGGGGGUGUUGCAGGAGGAGCAGGUUUAGGAGGAGGAGGGGGAGGGAUAGUAGGCAUGGCUUCUGAAGCCCUGGCCUCUAUCAUGUCUGGUCGCAGCACCUCUCCUUGGCUGGCUCGCCGCACCAGCCCGGCCAACUCUUCUGGGGACUCGGCCCUCGCCCGCUGCCAUGAGGGAGGCAGCACGUAUGGCAAGGAGGACCAAGACCCCCCCAAGAGCCAUGAGAGCCAGGAGGAAGCUUUGCACGACUCCCAACCUGCCUGGCCGCAUGACUACAGGCCUGUCACUGUCAAAGAGGAACAGGUGUCCCCCGCCUCCUCCUCUCAUCCCCGGGACACUCUCAGGGGGGCAGCUCAGAGCCAGGGAGAGCAAGGGCUGGGGGCCACUGCUGGAGGAGGUGGAGAGGGACCCUGGCCACCAAUGUCAGGGUCAGGGCGAAGGAAGAACAGGAAGAACAAGGACACGGUCAGACAUAUUACCCAGCAGGCUGAGAGGAACUGGGACAGAGAGCGGGACAGGGAGAGAGACAGGGACAGUAGACCUGGAUCUCCUCUGCCCUCCAUGCUGGCUGUAGCUGGAUGGAACUACAGUGGACAGGACAUCCCGGGGGCAGACGUGACUGAACCCAACAGCUCAGACAGCCGCGGUGAACGCCUCGACUUCUUCCUCAAACAGGAAGAGGCUCUCACCACAGAGCCCAGCUUCAUGGGUCCCAGCGAAUCAGAGGAGGCCGGAGGAGGAGCUGGGGGCGGAACCAUCUCAUCUGUAGCCAAUCUGAAGGCAGCACUGAUGAGUAAGAACAGCCUGCUGUCGCUGCGGGCUGAGAUGAUGGGAGAUGAUAACCCCUUGCUGUAUGAGUACCUGCCCAAAGGAGGACACUCCCUGUCAUGGCUCCGCUCCAACAACUACUGCAGCAUGCUUCGGCCAGGGGCCACAGGGGCCACUAUUCAUAACAAACAGGGGGCUGGCUCCUCUCCUUCUCCUCCUCCUCCUCUUCCUCUUCUUUCUCCUCAUCUUCCACCAUCAUCACCGCCACCACCACCACCACCAUCAACAUCAUCAUCAACAUCGGCAUACUGCCCACCCGCUACACCUACGCCAGUGCUUCCCUCUGAGCUUCGGCCCCUGGAGGCCCCCGGUCUGCACGCUGGGGCACCCCUGCUGCCCUCGGAAGGGUUGGACAUGGAAGUGGAAGAGGACCCUGAGGGUCUGGAACCCUCCACCUUGCCUGAGGAGGGCAUAAAAGACAAAGAGAUGAAAGAAUGCAGCACAGCUUUGGAGGGUGGCCGAUGUCCUGUCGAGAGGGAUCAGAUGGGCGAUGGCAACUGGGCUGGUGGCUUGACUUUGCCUGCGUCAGUGUCUGUGGCUGGCAAAGGGACUAAAGGGCUGAUGAUGCAGGGUGAAGAGCUUGGAUCAGGGGAGAGAGUCCUGCCAGAGCCCAGUGCCUGGCCCUCACAGGGCUACACCUGCUCCCUGUGCAAACGGCUGUUUAGCAGUCUGGAGCAUCUCAGAGAACACAAGUACCACCACACCCUGUCUCUGAUGGCCUUGUCCCUAGACAGGCCAAUCAUGCAGGGUCCUCACCACCAACUUAACCAGCCUUGUCACCAGCCACAAUUCCAACCCCUCCACUUCUAUCAUCCCGUGGUGGCCGAGCUUCCACCGGUGCGCUACCUCUGCUCCCAGUGCCCUGCCAGCUUCACCCUCAAAUCCAAUGCAGACCGACAUGAGAAGACCAUACAUUUCAAGAAGAAGCUGAUGCGGUGUGCGUACUGUCUGAAACACUUCAGAGACCGCACAGAUCUGCACAGGCACCUGUCCUCCGUGCACUCCAAAGAAAGAGGGCAUGCCUGUCCUUUCUGUGCCAAGGCUUUCAGCACCCAGAAGAACCUAGCAACACAUGUUAAACUGUGUAGCCAGGUGCGGUCAGUGCCAGGUGUUAUACUGGGAAGCAGUGCUGGAAUGGAAAUAUCUCAGGGUGGGGUCAUAGAUCCACUGUGGCAGCUUUCUCAGGAGACGAAAGUUGACAAUCAUAAUCGUAGUAUCAACGUGAAAAACUAAGAGUGGAUCUACAGGCCGCAAGCAUUUGUUCACACAUUCAUACCCAUCAGUUAGCAAGUGUAUCCUCACAUGUUGUAUAUUCAUGCCAAAAGUGCUCUGUGGUGUUUUUACACCCAGAAGGGAAGAGAUCCUUCUAAAAUCUAAUGUCUGUUGACAUAAUUAUAAACAUCUAGGGAUAUGUUGUUGUUGUUUUUUUACAACUUGUCAAAUUUUAUGUCAUUAUAAUUUUUUAAAGAUGAUUUAACACAAAUUGACAACUUGUAUGUCAAGUAAACACAAUUACUAUGCAAACUGAACUUUUAAAAGAAUUAACUGAAAUGAUAUGUUGGGUUUUUUUUUUAGAGUUUGUGAUUAGUUUCAGUGAGCACUGACUGGACGCAUGAACAGGUGAAUCACUUUCCACUGAGGCGGAGAGGCAGGGAGACGGAGAGACGGAGGGCGUUUUUCCACCUCCCCAAACUAAACCACUUAUCUGCCUCUCUGUCAUCAGUCACUAGUCUGACUAAACUCUUCUCUCCUUUUUAGGCAGAGAUGUUUAUCUUUUUGUCCACCCCUGCAUUACUGGCACAAAGACACUCAGACACAGUUAAUAUGUGCCAGUCUUUACUGUAGCUCACAGCCCACACAACCACACCACCUGCAGGAGCUUUGUCGCAUUGCAGCAGUGAGAGCUGAAUGUUGUCAGUGGUCAUGCACCUCAACAAAUAUUAAGAAUUGGCCAAAAAGAACUUAAUGAAAUAUGCAAGUUCUUUUCUUUAUACCCUAAUGCAAAGAUAAAAGGAAAAACAAACUAAUACUACUACCUCCACUGGACACGCAGAAGCCUGUCCUCAGUCAUGACAUGAUUACCUUCUGUCAGUGCUCUGAGAUCGGUGCAGAUGGAGGGGUUGUGCCGAAUGAAACAAAGCCAGCUAAAACAAUAGACCAGUCGCAGCUCAGAUGGGGGUUGGCUGGUGUCAUUUUCUCUCUCUGUCCAUCUCCUCUGUCCCAGAUCUGUAAGUCUUCUUCUAGUGGCUCAGUGAGGCUGGAGCUGGACAGUAAUUGGUCCUUCACGGCUCCGACCCUUCUUAACCCCUGACCCCUCAUCUGAAGAGGAAGCGAUGACCAAGGGGCAGAUGCUCCCUAAAACCAGAUGAGUGUGGUGAUGUCACUGCUUUAGACUAAUGAUGGUGUGGCUGACCGUGUGAGUACAAGGUAGAAGGUAGGAGCUUUAGGGGAGACAAGUGGGAAAAUACAGGAGAGGAAUAAUGGUGGUGGUAGUGAGGGAACCAGAAGGAUGCUGGAUUCAGUAUGAAUACUGGCUUCAAAAUCAUUGCUAAGUGAUGUCAAUUCACACCAAUUUCUGCCAAGAAUUUCUCUUUUGAGUUGGCAGCAGGCUUUUCCCCUGCAGCAAGAUAUUGUCUUGAAGGUUUAGUGUGAUACCCAAAGGGAACACACCCAUUUGUGUUUCCCUCUAAAAAUCCAGUCACUUCAGCACAUUGAACUGUGUACAGUAAAAGUAGAACUGGUGUCUGUUGGGAAUUUGCCCUCAUGUUGUUGUAUACACACACAGGAAACUCCCAAAUGCCAAAUCCUUUCUAAUGCAAAAUCCCCGUUGGUCAGGUAGCACACUGUCCUACCCAGCGUCUGAAACAGUCAGGAACUCAUCCCUCCACAGAAGCAGCCACUGAAGAGAAAUGGCAAAUAUUGUACAGUCACUGUUGUAGUGUUCCUGGAAUAUGUGCUGGUGGAAAUAUUAAAAGAUAUUUCAUUUGAGAUCAUGAAAAUAUCCCAUGUACUGAACAAUGACAGUUCUUAACACAGUGUUGUAGAUUAUAUGCUGUAAUUAAAUUGUUACAUGUGUCGUUUUUCUCUUUUAUGUAGGCGUGCGUGUCACGCACAUAUUCACACAGUCACAUUACUAACAUGAUUUAGAACAUAAUUUCUUUGUGUAUUUGCAUUUUAACUUACAAAAAUCUGAAUGCUCUGUUGUCGAGUUUAUGUGCACUUGCAUGUUUUUUUGUGUUGUGCUGUCGAGUGUUUAAUCAGAGCAGAAGUCGAUUUGCAGAUGAGGUAAUUAUUGUAUCCCUUAUAGCUGUGUGUGUGUGUGUGUAUGUGUGUGUAUGACUCCUCUCUGUAUGUACAGUAGAUGCGUACAGUGUGUGUUGUGCUUGUGUACUCAUAAAUCCAGUUCUGAUCUUUCAUGGUCAUACACUGUAUGCCUUGACUGUAAAGUUUCUCAUCAACACACACACACACACACACACACACACAAUCUGUUUACUUGGAUGCCCUUCACCUGUCUUAACUACCAUUUAAGUCUAGACCUUGAGAUAAUUGGCUUAUCUGACCUCUACACAAGAUUGUGACAUGGUAUUAACAUUAGUCCUUUUGUGUGUUGUUUUCAUUAUGCCGAAGCCUCUCUUUGUGUGUCUGAUUUUAUUCCCCAAACUUCAGCCUUCUUUCAUUGUCUGUGUUUGUCUUCGCUGUCUAUAGCAGAGACCUUCUAAAGCGACUAAGGUAGACCGACUGGUGUGUUGUGUGUUUAUAGUAUCUCUUUGCCUUUAUUGCUUUAGUAUGGAGGAAGAGCUGUUGCCAGGGUAACUGUAGCUUUGACUGGGUAUGGGUGGCCCUGGGAAUUGAUGGUACAUUUCUGGACUAUGCCACUAAUUAAAUGUAAUAACUGAAAAGUGAUGUCUCGGUUUAUUUAAAUGAGUUUCAUUCAACACUGAUCUUUUUUUCUCUUGUCUUUUCUCUCCCUCCCUUUUUCUA